ACAUGUGUUUAGCACACAAUGUGCUACACAUGACCGGUGUUUACUGUUUAGCUGUUCAUUGGUUUACAAUUACAAUCAUAUAAUCAUUUAGCAGUAAAUCAUGCCUAAAGUGAAGACACAGAAGAAGUGUCGGCCACACAAUGAGAUCCAGAAACAGGGCAUUGGCUUUGAUAAGGGUUUGGGUCAACACAUACUGAAGAACCCGUUAAUCAUCACAAAUAUGAUCGAAAAGGCGAGUCUACGGCCGACGGACACAGUGCUAGAAGUGGGUCCGGGAACCGGUAAUAUGACUGUCAAACUGCUGGACAAAUGUAAACAAGUGGUUGUCUGCGAAGUGGACACAAGACUUGUGGCCGAACUCCAGAAGAGAGUGCAGUCGACGCCAAUGCAGAACCGAUUGAAGAUAAUAGUGGGCGACGUAUUGCACAAAGAGCUGCCAUUCUUCGACGUGUGUGUGGCUAACCUUCCGUAUCAGAUAUCGUCACCGUUUGUGUUCAAACUGCUACUCCAUCGGCCAUUCUUCCGGUGCGCUGUUCUUAUGUUUCAGAAAGAGUUCGCCCAAAGACUGGUCGCAAAACCGGGCGAUAAGUUGUAUUGUAGACUAUCGGUGAACACACAGCUGUUGGCGAGAGUGGAUAUACUGAUGAAAGUGGCCAAAAACAACUUCCGGCCGCCGCCUAAAGUGGAGUCCAGUGUAAUCCGUUUGGAACCCAUUAAUCCGCCGCCAGAUAUCAACUUCAAAGAGUGGGACGGAUUGUUGAGAAUCUGCUUUAUGCGCAAAAAUAAGACACUUUCCGCUCAAUUCAAACACAACUAUGUGUUGGAUAUGUUGUCCCAUAACUAUCGCAUCCAUUGCUCUCUCAAUAACAUCCCAAUCGAUGAUGACUUUGACAUUAAAGUGAAAAUACAACAAAUUCUUACCGACAAUGAGUUUGAUUCGAAAAGAGCCCGAACUAUGGAUAUCGACCACUUUCUCACUCUUCUACACGCUUUCAACUCUAAUGGCAUUCAUUUCACUUAA